AUGGACAGCAAGCACGCAGUCUACCGUCACUUCAAGGUGCCGGGCAAUAGCGUUGGCGAGAACGGCACCAAGGUGUGUGCCUACUGCAACUUCACGUUUGUUGGCGGGGUUCACCGUUGCGCGCAGCAUAUCACCAGCUGGAACGGCAUGCGCCGUCGCGAAGUGCAUCUCUGCACUGCAGCGCCGAAGACUGCACGUGACGUCGUGAAGGCGCUUUACGAGUCCAAGUUGAAGGCCCGUGAAGCGAAGCGUGCGGCUGGAAUUGCGGCGGUCGGCGCAGUCAACGGCAGAGAUAACAAGAAGAAGAGUCGGAUGUCCGACUUCUACGGCGACGACGCCGCGUGCGCGAACCAAGCUGCGGACGAGGCCAUAAGCCUCUUCUUUGCCGCUCUUCAUGUGCCGGAGCAUCACGCGGACCACCCACUGUGGCGGAAUGUGGUCUCCAGCAUCCAGCGCGCGGGGCCGAAUUACGUCGCGCCGAAGAGACGCUACAUCGGUGGCGCCGGUCUUGCGAAGUGUCGCCAGCGCAUUGAGGCGGCGCUCGCUCCUAUCUCAGCAAGCUGGCGCCGUGACGGUGUCACCGUGGCAAGCGACAUGUUCUCCGACAAGGCCGGCCGCCCGCAAGCCAACGUGCUCCUCAUCAACGAUAGCGGUGCGGUGUUUGUGGAGUCGAUCGACACGAAGAUGGAGAUGAAGACCGGGGGCUACAUCGCGGGCAUCUUGCGGCCCAUCAUCGAAAAGGUCGGCCCCGAGAAUGUCGUCGCCUUGUGUUUUGACGGCGGCUCCAACUACGCGGCGGCAUGCAGGGUGUUGAUGCGCGAGUAUCCCCACAUUGAACACAUCCCUUGCGCGACCCAUGUCCUCGAUCUCCUGAUGGAGGACAUCGGGAAAAAGGGAUGGGCGAAGGACAUCGUCACGCGCGGGGACACCCUCAUCUCGUUCGUCCGCAACCAUCACUUCACUCGGGGAUACAUGCGGAGUCCGCUCGUGAACGGCGGCAAGGGGAAACAGGUUCUCAAGCCCGCGGGAACCCGAUUCGGCACCAACUACAUCGCCAUCAACCGCCUCUGUGAAGUGCGCGCUGGCCUGACGCAGAUGGUCCUCAGCGAUGAGUGGGCCGAGUGGACUGCGGCUGCAGACAGGGCUGGGGCAGACACAUUCAAAGACAACAUCCUCGAUGCCGCGUGGUGGACGCGCGCCGAGUUCUUCGCUAAGCUGAUGAGGCUGCCAUUCGUCGUCAUGCGCAAGACUGACUCAGAUUCGAAGGGCAUGAUGGGUCGUCUCUACGACCUCAUGCUCCAGCUCACCGAGGACAUCCGCGACUUCCUCGACGAGCAUGCGGAAGGGGUCCUGACAAGCAACGAGGUGGGGGAUAUUCGGGAGAUCGUGCAGGACCGCUGGGACAACGGGCUGGCGUGCAACCUGCAUGUGAUUGGCCGCAUCCUCUACCCCACCAACCAGGAAGAGUGCAUUUUCCGCACCGACCUGGAGUGCACGAGGGUCUUCAAGCAGUACGUCUCCAAGCACCAUGGUGACAAGAUGGUCACCAGGAAGGACGGGGUCGAGCGCCGCGCCUCUCUCGUCAUCCAGGAAGGCCUCAAUGCCUUCCUGAACCUCCAAGGCAGCUUCGGCAUGCCCGACGCUAUUGCCGACCGCCAGGCAGUGAAGGAGGGCAAGAUGACGGCGGUGGACUGGUGGACAUGGCACGGGACCGAUCAUCCUGAGCUCACCACCAUGGCUUGCCGCGCCAUCACGCAGCCGGUGUCUGCGUCUCCAUGUGAGCGUAACUGGGCGAAGUUUGAUGCAGUGCAUACGGCAAGGAGGAACCGCCUCGGCGCGGUGAAGCUUCGUGAUCUGGUGUAUGUGACGCACAAUUGGCAGGUGGUGCACAACUGGCACAAGGCCCCUGAAGGGCUGGGGGUGGUGAAGGGAAACAUCGAGGACCCCCCCACUCCGGCUGGCUAUAACGUCUCUAGAGUACUUGGCAUUUCUCACAGGGGAGUUGUCUUCCCUGCACUUUCUUUCACACCUGAGAAGCCUACAUCAGCUGUGAAACGGAUUCGCUCAUCUUCGUGCACGAGUAACACAUCCCCAUCCCCAUCCCCAUCCCCAUCUCCAUCCCCAUCCCCAUCCCCAUCCCCAUCCCCAUCCCCAUCCCCAGUUCCAACCCCUCGCCAGACAUGA